AUGAAUGGUUUGAAGACGCAUCUAGACUGGCUGACAAGAUUGGGGCUACAGUCUCAGUGCCAAGAAUCACUGGGAGGAAGGAACAUAGGAACAAUGCACCUAAACCCGGAAUCGCAUUAUCGCGUUAACGUUGCCAUACCUUUUAUGGAUCAUUUAUUGGAAGAAAUAAGUUCAACUUUCAGCGAAGACAACAGGGCUGGGGCCGAAAUUUUUUCCUUGGUUCCAUCUGCCGUGGUGAAGUAUGACAGUCUUCGUAAUUUAGCAGAAAAGCUGCAAUUUUGGUAACAGGACUUACCUACACCGUCCUCUCUUCUUUCUGAGUUAAAGGAAUGGCAAUUCUAUUGGAAACAAUACACACCCCCUUUACAGCUACCGGGAAAUCUUAUCGAGUGUGUAAAAUAUGCUGAUGAGGAUAUGUACCCCGACAUACGAGUUUUGCCUAUUAUUGGUUGUACCCUUCCUGUAAGUUCUGCCGAAGCUGAGCGUUCAUUCUCUGGCUUGCGACGAAUCAAGUCAUAUCUCAGAAACAGGAUUUCUGAUAAGCGGUUGUCAGGACUUGCACUCAUACACUUACAUCAUGACCUUGACAUUGAUGUUGACGAAAUCUGUACAGUCUUUGUAACCAAACACAAGAGGAGGAUGUUCCAAGGGUGCAUCCUUUACAAGUAG